AUGUUAUCCUCCAGUUCUGGAGAAAGUGAAUCAGAAAGUAGCGAAACAAAAAGUAGUGAAUCAGAAAGCAGUGAAUCAGAAAGUAACGACUCAGAGAGUAGUGGAUCAGAAAUUAGUGACUCAGAUGUUGAAAUUCUAAUUGUAUUUAACCAUGCCAUAAUUCAAUUUUGUACAGAUCAUACUUCCAUAUCACAUCUUAAUAUGGUUCAAAUGACGAAAGGAGAUUCGGUCGCUAAUCUUGACGAUGCAACUCAACGUACUAUCUUAACUAAUAGAUGGCUUGAGAGAAACGCACUUGAAAAGCUAGGUAUAAAAUAUAAAAAAGGCAAAUUUUCAAAACAGGAAAGAUCUGAAUUAAUUAAAGCAUUGCGCGAUUACCAACAACUCAAUAGUCUGUCUGAUGAUGAUAUUAAAAAAUUGAUAUAUGGAAGAAAUCCAAAAGUUCAUGAAAAUUUUUGGAAACAUUUAGCAAUGGCUUUGGGAACACGACCAUUAAAAACUGUUUCCCAACAUAUUCAAAGACGAUAUCAUCCAUUCAAUUACACCGGUACAUGGAGUCCUGAGGAAGACAAUGAGCUAAUCAAGCUCGUCAAUAUUCAUCAUCAUGAUUGGGUCACAAUCGGAAAUGAACUAGAACGCAUGGGAACGCAAUGUAGAGAUCGAUGGCGAGAUUACGUCCAAUAUAGAAAAGAGAAAUUACGUGGUAGAUGGACCGAUGAAGAAGAGCAAAAAUUAAUAAAUAUCAUUGUCGAAUUAACUAGGCAAAAUGAUGCUGACAUUUCUUUGGAUUGGGGAAUCCCAUGGCAACAAGUCUCUUCCUUAAUGGAAAAUACUAGAUCCCCAAACCAGUGUCGUGCAAAAUGGGUUAAAGAAUUAAGAUUACAAUAUGAACUUGAUGGGCCAGCUCCAAGAUGGACAUCGUACGAUAGUUAUACACUAAUUAAGAAAUUAUAUGAGUCUCAAAAAGAUGAUGAAACCUCCGUAGAUUGGAGUGAUUUAAAUGACGAAAGAUGGGGCCCAUGGACUCCAGGUUAUUUAAUGAAGAUCUGGAAUCGUUUGAAAUAUACUAUAAAGGAUUUUAACAAUAAAUCGUUUAAAGAUAACGUUAUCGAGAUUUUGGAUCGAUACGAAAAAAGGCCGCCUAAAAAAGGUUAUCGAUCUCGCAUGAUAAUUGAACCUGAAGAUAGUGAUGAUGAUCAAUUAGGGAAUGAUUAA